AUGAUCUGGGUUGAAAGCCAGCUGGUCAUCAUGAGGCACGGCCAGAAGUGGUCUCUGCCGAGAUGUUGGGGCCUGGAAACAGCAGAGAAGCGAGAUGGUUUGGGGGAGCUGCGCUUGCACUUCAGCGAAUGGGUCUCAAAGGCACGGGCGAAGAUGCUGGUGGCCGGCCUGGAGAUACUGAGACCCAGCAGGAGAUUGCAAGAGGAGGGAUUUUAUUCGGUGCAGCAUUACGAGGUAAACUUGACAAAGCCUGGCACCAUGUUCAUGGAGGCGGGUGGAAAGUCUGCCGUGCUCCAGAUCCAUCAGCAACUACUGGCAGCAGGAUGUGGGGAGAUCGAGUCCAAAUGCCAGGCAGUCCUGGAAAUGCCGGAAGGUGCCUUCUUGGAUCGCAACAGGACGACCCAAGAAUCCAUCCAAAAGCCACUCCCUACUGCUGGACGACAUCAGCCCAUUGGUCGCCAGCGCCGCUUCAAGACGACUGCGUGCCCAACGGAAUCGGCAAGCGGAGGGCCAGAGCGACGCUGCCAGCUCCGCCUUCCGUUCCUUGGACCGGAACCGGGACGGGCGCCUGGAUCCCAUGGAGCUCAGAGGUGUGACUCUGCCAAGUCUGGGGGAGCUUUGGCAGGACCGGACCGGCGGCGCUGA